AUGUCAAAGGUUCAUGAUAUUAAUAGUGUUCAACAGUUGUGGAAUAGUAUGAUUGCGCAGGAGAAGUUCCAUAUGAUGAAGGUUUAUAGUAUGCUUAUGGGGGAUGAUAGUAGAAUUGUCUGGUAUCAUCUUAUGAGUCAUAAUUUUGCUAGGCCUAGAGCUAAGGUGACAUUGUGGCUUGCGAUUCAAGACAGACUUCCUACAAAGAAGAGGCUUCACAAAUUGGGUCAGAUACAAGAUACUACUUGUGCACUCUGUGGUGUGGCAGAGGAAAGUGUGGACCAUCUACUGUUCCAUUGUCGCCAUACUGUGAGUUUAUGGGAUAGGUUGUUAGAAUGGCUCGAUAUACAGACUGUAGGUAUGAAGAAUAUCAACUGGAUCAAGAGGAUCACUAAGGGUAAAGGCCAGAACAAAGGGAUUCUUAAAGCUGUUUUGACUGAAGUGGUUUAUAGUAUCUGGAUUUAUAGGAACAAAAGAAUAUUUGACAGUGUGAUGGAUAAUAGGGAUAUUCAGUGUAUGGCUAGGGACAUUAUUGAUACCCUAGUGUAUAGAGGGUGGCAAAAACCAAAGUAUAGGAAAAUUAUAGUCAAUACUCUUAUGUAA